GCAAAGGCUGUUGGGAGAAUCUUGCCGGAGACAUUUUGGAUUUAAAGGGGCUGAGCUAGCUGUCAGUCCCAGCUCUCGGUUUCCCUGAGCUACCUAGAAGAUGUCCACCAUGGUGUACCCACGGGAAGAGAAGCUGGAGAAGCUGUCUCAGGAGGAAAUCAUCUCCAACACUAAGCUGGUGAUCCAGGGCUUAGAGGCCCUGAAGAACGAGCACAACUCCAUCCUCCACAGCCUGCUGGAGACCAUCAAGUGCCUAAAGAAGGAUGAGGAGGCCAACCUGGUUCACGAGAAGUCCAACCUGCUGCGCAAGUCGGUGGAGAUGAUCGAACUGGGCCUCGGAGAGGCACAGGUGAUGAUGGCCCUGUCCAACCACCUGAACGCCGUGGAGUCGGAGAAGCAGAAGCUGCGUGCUCAGGUGAGGAGGCUCUGCCAGGAGAACCAGUGGCUGCGGGACGAGCUGGCCAACACCCAGCAGAAGCUUCAGAAGAGCGAGCAGAGCGUGGCCCAGCUGGAGGAGGAGAAAAAACACCUGGAGUUCAUGAAUCAGCUCAAGAAAUAUGAUGAGGAUGUGUCACCCACUCAAGAGGAAAAGGAUGGAGAAACACCCAAGGACUCUCUGGAUGACCUCUUCCCCAAUGAUGAAGAGGAGCACGGCCAAGGCAUGCAGCACCAACACAACAGUGCGGCCGUGGCAGCAGCCCAGCAGGGAGGCUAUGAGAUCCCAGCCCGUCUGAGGACCCUCCACAACCUGGUUAUCCAGUACGCCUCCCAGGGCAGGUACGAGGUGGCCGUGCCCCUGUGCAAACAGGCGCUGGAGGACCUGGAAAAGACCUCUGGCCACGACCAUCCUGAUGUGGCCACCAUGCUGAACAUCCUGGCCCUGGUUUAUAGGGAUCAAAACAAAUACAAAGAGGCCGCCCAUCUGCUCAACGAUGCUCUGUCCAUCCGUGAGAAAACUCUGGGCAAAGACCACCCUGCUGUUGCUGCAACGUUGAACAACUUGGCUGUGUUGUACGGAAAGAGGGGGAAGUACAAGGAGGCCGAGCCACUGUGUAAGAGAGCCCUGGAGAUCAGAGAAAAGGUGCUGGGGAAGGACCAUCCUGAUGUGGCCAAGCAGCUGAACAAUCUGGCUCUGCUGUGCCAGAACCAGGGCAAGUACGAGGAAGUGGAGUACUACUACUGCCGCGCCCUGGAGAUCUAUGAGAGCCGGCUGGGCCCAGAUGACCCCAACGUGGCCAAAACCAAGAACAACCUGGCAUCCUGCUUUCUCAAACAGGGGAAGUACAAGGAGGCUGAGAUUCUGUACAAAGAGAUUCUGACCCGUGCCCAUGAGAAAGAGUUUGGAUCCGUUGAUGCUGAAAACAAGCCUAUCUGGAUGCAUGCAGAGGAAAGGGAGGAGAUGAGCAAGGGCAAACACAGAGACAACACUCCGUACGGAGAGUAUGGAGGCUGGUACAAGGCCUGCAAAGUCAACAGCCCCACAGUGAACACCACCCUGCGAAACCUGGGGGCUCUGUACCGCCGACAGGGCAAACUAGAGGCCGCUGAGACUCUGGAGGAGUGUGCCAUGAGGUCUCGCAAGCAGAGCAACACAGGCAUUGACCCAAUCCACCAGACACGUGUGGUGGAGAUCCUGAAGGAUGGAGACGGUGACAGGCGGAGGAGCCGGGACAGCCUGUCCAGCGUAAAGUAUGAAAGUGGCUCAGAGGCCGGCGAGGAAGCCUAAGCCAUCAAGAUUAUUCCUCCAUCCUUCUCUCCUUCCCCAACACAGUAGCAAAGGAUGUGUGUUGUCGUUCCCUCUGGCCUUCUCUCUCCCACCAAAUGAACAGCUCCUCUACCACUCCCGGUGCCCCCGGCAGAGACUCAGAGAGCCCCUCCUGGUUGUCACCUCUGUCCCCUGUUCACCUGAAAACUGCUGGGACGUUUGGUCUUCUCAUCUCUGCUCUGUUCUCCCCCUUAUCCUCUUUUUCCUCUCUCUUUCUUCCACUCUCUCUUUGUCUCUCUCUCUCUCUCUCUCUCUGUCCUUUGCUCUCAAUAACCUUGUGUCAUCCAUCCUGACAGAAAUUGGUAUUUCGCCUCUCUUCUCUUCUUUCUCUCUCUCUCUGUCUUCAUAUCCCAAUAACACAUUAAUAUGUCAUUGUGUGUAACCUUUCCCCCUGAAGAACUCACUCACACGUUUCCUGUCUUCAACACUCAUUUGUAAUUUUUCACACAUGCUAAGUAGAUUUAUCUGACUAAAUAGGGGAGCAGUAACAUUGGAAUUUUAAUCCUUUGGAAGAAGGCAAAACAGAAAUACCAUAAGAUUUCGAACAAGAAGGACCUUUGCUCCAGGCAUCACUCCCAACCACAAUCCCAUACGCUGUAGAAAGUUGCCACCAUAGACUGAAGUUGUUUGGAUAUUACAGAGAAAAAUAGACUUUCACAGUUGUUCCGCAUUGGUCUCACUCUACAGUGUAUUUGUGUUUGUUGCUAGCCUUGAACAUUUGCAGCCACUUCCUAGAAACAAGAGAAAGUUGACAUACAGUAGAUGGCCUCAAAACUAGCUUCCAACCCGGUGCCUGUGUUUAGCCAUAGCAUAUUUUCUUUGAGAUUUCGCUUUUAUUUGCUACCUUAAAGUUUUUAUCAUCUUUGUAAAUGUAUGCAAAUGCCUGAGAUCAUAUGCAGUUGUUAAGAGGUACUGUAUAGUUAAAAAACAAACAAACAAACAAACAAAAAACACUUAUCACAAUAGAUAAUAACUCUUCAACUGUUACAGCCUAGUUGGUGAGAAGUGAGAAAUGAGAAGGGAGCAUUAGCAUUUUUUUGUUUUUAUAAAUAUAUUUCCUAUUCAAGUUUAAUUUUGUAUGAUUUUAUUUGUUUACAUUUUUUAAAAAAAUGCUUUUUAUGACGUUGUGGCUGAAUAUAAAGGCAGUAACUUAACAGUACAUCACAUAAACGAGCAGAAACGUGGUGCCCUGCAGCAGUCAGGCCGGUGCUGUUGGCAUGUCGCUCUGAUCAAAGCAAGCUGUUGUUUCCAUGGUAAUUUAUUUUCAAGUUGCUCUAACUAGGUAGAUUGUCCUUGGUGUUCACACAGGCUGUACAUCUGUGCAGGUUAGCUUGUAUUUACAAAGGGAAUAUCCAACAAUGGCAAAUACUGAGAAGCUUAAAAAGGCCGUAGAGACCAACCUGGAGCACCUAGCACAGAUAUUGGCCACCCAUGAGAUUGCAGCGUAAUAAAUUUAAAUGCCCAGAAUAUUGCCUUUGAACUCAUUUGUUGGUGUAGGAAUAUAAUAGUCAAGCUAGUCUUACAAUUUGAUGGAAGUCUGGAUUCCACAGUAGUAUUAGUGUGUAUUUGUGUGUGUUUUGGUGGUACAAGGCCCACAUUGGCUCCGGACACUGUAUUUUGAACACAAAGCUUGAUGGAGUGUGUUGCCUUUCUCACACAGUUCAUUGCAAGUGAACAUUGUCACUUUGGUGAAGCUUCUUUUCGGCACCGAAAGUUACAGUGCGAGUGUUUCCUCAAGAUCAAAUGUUAUUUCAGAUGUUCAACUAACUGAAUGUAAAAAAAAAAAAUUAAAAAAAAAUUACUUUAACAUCUUGGAAGUGUAACUGUAGGCUGUAUUUAUAGAUUUGAUAAGUGCAUUCAUUAUAUGGCUUUCAUUAUGCUACUUGCCUUGAUUCUCCAUUCCUUCCAAUGAGUAGGCCUGUACUUCUAAUGCAACUCUGGACAAGAGAAAUGACAAUGUUCAUCACAUAAUUAUGACAAUAUUGUUGUGUUAGUGGAAUGCUGAUUAUUUAUUGAACUGUCCGUUCUUGACAUAUAUAGUGUGACUUCAGUUUCCUUAAACGGAAGAACAUAAAUGGUAAGGUCUAUAAACACUUAUCGUAGUAAGUAGGACUGCAUUAUAUUUACCAUUCUGCAUUGUGAAGAUUAUUGCAUCAACACUUGUUGGUAUUCUCAAAUAAAGUUUUUCAUUUGUGAA